UACCAGCCUUCUCCCGUCCCCAACUCGGCAACUCCCAUCUAAAAAAAAAAAACUCGGCAACUCCCGCUGCCUCGGCCUUGAUCUAGGGUUUCGGCGCCCGCCUGGUCUCCUACCCUCCCCGUGCUCACCGUGUCCCUCGCUCGCGUUCAACUCGCCAUCCGGCAAACCGGAGGCGAAGGCGAGCGGGGGCGCCUCUCUUCGGGCACGGCGUUACCGAUUUGAGGCCGCUCGAUCAUGGCGGCGAUGGGGCAGGAGGAUGAUGACAUCGACCACUACGAGGUGCUCUGUCUCCCGUCGGGGGAGGAAGGCGCUGCGCUGACCAUCGAGCAGAUCGAGAAGGCCUACCGGACGCAGUCGCGACUGCGGCACCCCGACAAGCGCCGCGACGAUCCCAACGCCACCGCCGACUUCCAGCGCCUCGCGAGCUCCUACAAGCUGCUCCGCGACGAGUCCCUCCGCCGCCAGUUCGACGCCCGCCUACGCGGCCGCCGGGAGGCAGCAGCCCGCGCCGCCGCCGCGGGCGUCAAGCGCCGCAAGGCGGUCUCCGACCUCGAGGAGCGCGAGCGCGCCGCCGCCGCGGGCCAGCCCACCAACCCCGAAGAGCUUGCCAAGCGCGAGAUGAAGCAGAAGGCCGCCGACAUCGAGCGCGAGCUCGAGGAGUUCCGCUCCGCCAAGCAGGCUGCCCCCUCAGGUGCCGGGGCAACUUCGGCGUAUGGAGAUAAGAAGGGUGGAGCCUCGCAAGAUGGGGUGAAAACAGACAAGGGCAAGAUCUUGAAGGUUUCAUGGGAUGGGAGUGCUGAUUCUUAUACUGCAGCAAAGUUGGAAAAGCUCUUCCAGAAAUUCGGCGAAGUCGAAGAUGUAGUGAUCAAGACAAGGAAAUCGAGGAGUAAGGGCUCAGCAAUUGUAGUCAUGGGCACCAAAGAAGCUGCUCUAUUAGCAAUACAGAACCAUUUUUCUCUUUUCCCAUUAAAUGUUGCUCCUGUUCAAGAAUCGGGUGGGUUACCAGCAAGGUCAACUCAAGCCCAUGAAUCGAGGACAAGCAACAUCGAUGGAGCUGGAUUUAGCGAUUUGGAAGCAUCGGUAUUCCGGAAACUUCAAGAGGCCCAGAAAAGGAAACAAUGUGGUUGAUUGCUUCUUUCUGAAACAUGAGUAUCAAUGACAUGUCGCACAACGGACAGUGCCUGAGGAUUACCGCGGGAGACGAGUUACAGAAAUCAGAACUACACAUUUGUUUAGGUGGGAGUCUUGUCGCUGAUAAAUUUAUGCGACUCAGAGCAACAACAGAUAAUUUUUUUUUAGUGAAUGUACAAACUGUACCAUGUAUGUAUGAAUAGUUUGUAAUUCUAAUUCCUAACUAUGUUCUGGAGUAUGUCAUAUCGCACCAUGAUAUGACCAUUUUUGGCUGGAAAAUGGGAAGAAGUUGCCUCUCGGAAUGGUUCAUUCGUAAGUGCUUGUUGCCUUGA